GGCCAGUUUACUUAUAUAUUGAUUUUCACAAUCUCGUCUAGUCAAUAAUUAGGUAAUUACUGUUAACCCACUUAUAAGACAAGAUAAGCGACAUUUCUUUAAAUCUAAACAUUUUUCUGAAGAGGCCCAUUUUUCGAUGAUAACGAUAAUAGUUUAUUACAGUACAUUUCAGUUUAUUGCUUCACAAUAGAUAAGAACAAAUUAUCAUUAUUAUGCCCUUACGGGGACAUAGUGCUGUCUUUCUGUGCAGUCAGUGGACAAUAUGGGAGAAGAAAGUGAAAUUAACGAAGAAAAUUUCGAUUUGAAGGCACCGGAUGGCGGAUGGGGAUAUGUUAUAGUAGCUGCUAAUGUGAUCAUGUUUAGCGUUACAAUUGUUCCGCUAGCUGCUUUCGGACUGAUCUACGGCGAUUUUCUAAGGAAUUUAGGGGAUGAAACCACUGGAACUGCUAUGAGCAAUGGAUUAUUUAACACAAUCAAUUCAUUUACAGGUCUCCUAGCUAGUGGGUUGUUGAGUAGAUAUACAUGUAGAAAAGUUGCAUUUUUGGGAGCGACAUUUUUUGUCGGAGGCGCAAUUUUACUGGUUUUCUCAAAAAAUUUAUAUCAUAUUUUCAUAAGCUUUGGUGUAUUACAAGGCAUCGGUUUCGGUCUACUCCUACCAGCAUUCAUGUCCGCCUUCAAUUCCUAUUUUGAUAAGAAAAUGAAUGUCAUGAUGAGCAUUUGCCAAGCUGUUACUGUGGCCUUCAGUAUUGCAGUACCUCCAAUGGCUGCUUGGAGUAUGAAUACUUUUGGAUUAAGUGGUACAUUAAUUGGACUGGCAAUACUAAAUUUAUUUCUAUUACCAGCAGUAUUCGCUUUACAACCAGUUGAAUACCAUAUGAAAAAAGUUUACAGGCAAACCAUCAACAGUACUGUGAUUCCUCUAGAAGACUUGGACGAACCUAAAAAAUCCAUCUCCAAAACCCAAAUCGAACCGUUGAUGUUACAGAAUAAACAUAUAGCAAUAAGUCAAAUAAGUUUAAACUCAAAACCCGGAAUGUCUAUUGUGACAUUGGGCAGUACUUCGGUGCUCAACUUAAGUGGAAUUAAAGAUAAGAAUUUGCUGAAACAGAAAACAGAGGAAGACUCGAUAUGGCAAUCUUUCUUGAAAUCUAUGGACCUAUCACUACUUAAAAACUUGAAAUACCUGAAUAUUGCCAUAGGACUAUCAAUAUGUUUUACUGGUGAUAUUGUCUUUGUAUCAAUUAUACCGCUGAUGCUUGGAAACGUUGGAUUCACCACACAAGAUAUAGCCCAAAUGAUGGCGGUGUUUUUUUGUUCCGAUCUUAUUUCUAGAAUCUUACUGACUUUUAUCACAUGUGUGGUCACUUUUAGAAAUCGAUUUUUGGUUUUGUUUGCCACACUGUUUAUCGCUAUAGCAAGGACUGUAUUUGUAUGUUACGAUAGUUACAUGUGGAAAUUGGUCAUUCUCGGUAUUUUGGGUUUCCUGAGAUGUUUCGUUCUGACACCCAUGGCGCUGGUUUUAUCUGACGAAUACCCAGACCGAUUUUCUUCGGCAUUUUCGCUAUUUAUGGCAGUGACCGGAGUAAUCAAUUUGAUUAUUGGACCGUUGAUAAGAAUUGUAGCCAAUGUUUUGCUCAACAAAUAUUCUUUCAGAGUCGUUGCAUUAUUAGGAUCAACACUUAAUUUUGGUGGAGCAAUAGCUACAGUUUAUGCUUCAUCGUUAAGCCAAGUGAUACUCACUUAUAGUUUAUUUCAAGGUAUCGGUUCUGGUCUACUUCUUCCUGCAUCAAUAUCUACACUAAACGCCUAUUUUGACAAGAAAAUGGCUCUCAUGACAAGCCUCUCUAGCACUAUAAUGGUAAUUGGUUACAUAUCAGCUCCUCACAUUAUUUAUUGGACUUUAGACCUAUAUGGAUGUCGUGGUACUUUAUUGUUGCUUGCUGGAUUGAGCGCCUUUUGUUUUCCUGCUUCCAUGGCACUGUAUCCUGUAAAAGACUUGGAGAAGGUUAAAAUUGAAGAUGAGAAUGGACAUGUUGUUACUAUUCCAAUUGACGAAGAACAAGAUCAUUUUGCGCUAGAGCCUCUUGUAAUAAAUAAAGAUUCGUUGGAAAAUAGUAAUGAAACUGUUAUACAUAGAAUGAGUUCCGUUAUUGAUGAGAAAAAAGGAGUUGCGUCCUGCGAAAUAAAACGCAAAGAAGAUUCAUUCUGGCAAUCUCUGAUUCAUUCUAUGGAUCUACAGUUACUAGCAGAUCCAAAAUACUUAAACAUAGCCACAGGUUUAUCUUUGAGUUUCCUUGCCGACGUGGCUUUCUUUCCCAUACUUCCAGCCUUGAUGACGGAAUUUGGAUUUGGUAGUUCCGAAGUAGCUCUAAUGAUCAGCGUCUUUUUUGCAGCCGAUUUAGCAGCGAGAAUUACUUUAUCUGUGAUAUCAGCUUUUUUUCAAGUCAACAGUCUAAUGAUGGUGUUCGUGGCGUCUGGCUUAAGUGCCAUUUUACGAAUAGGUAAGUUAAUUGUAGACACGAUGGGUUAUCAAAAAAAAAAAACAACAAUAAGGGCUACUCGAUAA